AUGCUGAAUAAGAACACUCUGAAUUUGGAAGCCUUUUAUGAAUCAAGGCGCUCCUAUCGAAGAAUGUUGCUAAAAGGCCAAGCUAUCAUACAUGCCGAUGGUGGCACUACAACUAUUGAAACAAAGGUUUUUGACCGGGCUUUUUUCGAUUCCACUGCUCUUUUACGAGCUAGCAGACUGCUUCUAGCAUCAGAAACCCCUUCUGGUGUCAAGAGCCAAGUCGAGCCAAUGAAUCAUUCUCAAGAAGCCAAUACCAAAUUAUCUCUCACCAGCAGCAACAGCUGUCCUAUUUGCCAAAUGGGCUCGAUUUACUUACCCCUUGCAAUGAGGCGCCAUCUUCUCUACACGCAUCCUGGUCACAUAUGUCUGUACUGUCUUCGUCUAUUUCGCCGACCUAGCUGCUUACCGAGCCACCUCAAUGCUGUCCACCGGCACUUGCUAAGACGAUACAGAUGCCCGCGUUCAUGUGGCCGCCGAUUCGCCGGCCUUAUAAGCCUUCACCAUCACAUCAGCUGUGAUCCUCUCUGCACUCCUCUCUCUCUCAAUAUACUCGGAGCAGCCCACCAUAAUAUCAGGUUCACUCGGUGCCGAGCAGCUCUUCCGAUCUCUGAAGCUGGACUCGACAUUUCAAACAACUCCUGUGGCUACUCUUCAUCUUCUUCCUCCUCGUCUUCCUUAUCCUCUUCUUCAUCCUCUACGUCCCCUCGGUCGGGCAAGACAACUUCUGCAGACAUCAGAGAUAAAACACUUUGCCUACAAAAUCAGCAUUCCUAUAAGAUUUCCAAUACACACAAGAGGAGGCAAAUUCGGGGCCUUGCUAAUUCAGAUGAAGAAAGGUCAAUUUCAUCCUUUCGUAGUCAAUCAAAUGACCUUGCAAACAGUUCCAUUUGCCUGGACGGCGAGGUUGAAGGCGAGUCGAAUAAGCAUUUGGGUAACCUAUCUGAGCAAGAUAGGUAUUCAACAAAGGAUUCGAUCCUGCUAGGCACGUUCUAA